AUGUUCGCAUGCGAAUUUGUUUUUGCUCAAACCUGCGAUGAUGAUUAUAGCGAUGAGACGGGAAGAUCGUAUUGCGGCCAUGGUGGACUGGUGCCCAUCAGACAGUUUAAUUCCAGCGAUACAGAGAAUAUCAAUGGUGACAAAUACAUUGGAUACGGCAUGGCCACAGGACCUGUGAAUGAGAGUCGCAGGGUGAACAUGGCGAAAGCCUUCCUCUCGCCGAUCAAAGGUAGAACGAAUCUCUACGUGAUGAAGAAUAUCCAACGCCGUUCUCCUGGACGGAAUGACAGUGGUCGGAGUACGUUAAAGGACGAUAAUAUCGCCAGUCCACAAAUAUUAGUGCUCUACGGUAUCGGACCUAAACAACAUCUGCUCGAAGUAGGAAUAAAGAGCGUUGUUGAUUUGCCAGUCGGCAAAAAUCUUCAUACCCACAUUGGUUGGCAGGGCUUAUACUUGGCUUACGAGAACAAAACUGCGACGCCACUAUCACCUACAUCCAACAUGGACGAAGCUUAUCAGUAUCUCGUACAUAAACAAGAUAUUUUAAGAACCAACGGUGGCUUUGAUUUCAUAGGUGCUGCCCGUGUAAACGACUCGAAUUCCAAAUAUUCAGACAUGCAAUUCUUUCAUGCUCAUUAUAAACGAGGGGAUGUGGAUNAGGAUGUGGAUAAAGUGGUCAGGAUAUCGAAAAUAUUCAAUGUGAAUGACGAUAUAACGUAUGAAGUAUUGAAAAUAGUUAAAGAAGCCGAUGUAAUAAUGCCUAUGCCGUGUCUGCUAAAGACGAAAAGUACGGGUGAAUUGCCGUUGCGCAAAUCGAUA